GCCAACUUGCGUCGUGUCAUCCGCCCAUACCUACUCUGUAUCCCGUAUCCCGCCCAUCCGAUUCAAUCUGAAACCCUACAGAGGUUCAAUCCUAACGUAUCUCAAUUCUCACUUAUUCCGUAUUAAUAAUCCGUGUUCUUUACUGCGCGUGUUUGUGAUGUCAACAACGGUCAUUGAGGGAGUUGUCGACGAAAUGGGGAUAAUCAGGAGCAGUUUCUCCUUCAUAAUGGGGACCUUGUGUGGGGUAUACGUUGCUCAGAAUUAUAAUGUUCCAAACUUAGCGAAGCUCGUCAACACGGGGCUUUUGAUAGCAAAGCACAUUGAAGAAACGUACAGGAAGCCGAGGAAGAGAGACGAUGACAAUUAGUUACAACAGAGAUGCUUGAGGGAAAUCAACAACCAGGGAGAAGUCAUGGCGAAGGUUCAAAGUAUCUUCCGGGUGUAUUGUAUCUUAUCUUUGGGUACCCAAUACACAUGUUACAGGUGUUUUAGGGAACCCAUUUUUUUAUUAAAUAAUAUAUAAAUAUGUCUAAAACUGAAAUUUGAAAAAAAAAACUAAAAAAAGGCAUAUGGUUUAAAGUACCGAUACACAUCUGCCGAUACACAAAGGUGUAUCGAUACUUUUAACCAAGGUCAUGGCAUACAGAUGAAUACUGUUUUUUUUUAUAGAUCAGUUAAUUGGGCUUCUAGUGUUGUGCAGUCUGGGCAUUUAUCGUGAGGUGUAAAUCUUGUUAUCAUUUUCUAUGCAAGAACUUUGACUGUAUUUAUCCUGUGAUAUAAUUGCCGGAUUAUUACCA